GAAAUUCAACUUAAAACCAAAGGUUUAGCACUUCAGCAGUACUUUUUGAUGGAAGAAACUUCCAGUGGGAUACAAAUGGACUUGGUGACCUUUGAGGAUGUGGCUGUGAACUUCACCCAGGAGGACUGGACUUUCCUGGACCCAACUCAGAGAAACCUAUACAGAGAUGUGAUUCUGGAGAACUACAAAAACCUGGCCACAGUAGGAUACCAGCUGUUCGAACCCAGCCUGAUCUCUUGGUUUAAGGAAAAAGAGUUGAGGACAGUGGACAGAGGAAUUCUCCAAGAAUGGGAAAUGCACCUUAAAACCAAAGGGUCAGCACUUCAGCAGUAA